GAAAAUCCUAGGUGAUUCAGAACAGGAUUUGGUACUGGCUGAGUCUUUCGCCACAUAUGGUAAUUUUGCACUGAAAUGACCUUAUUCUUCUAUCAAGAUCGGAGUGUUCAGGAUCCAGUCUUUGUGGGCCGUGCUUAGAAGUGUUUACACAGUGGACUUUGGAACUGAACUGAGUUCCAGUGAGAGUCGCAGACGUGCAGCCAUGAUUUUGAAGAAGUGGCUUUUGCUGGUGCUGUGGGUUCACAUGAGCUGCUGGGGCUCAGGAUCAUGUGGGAAGGUGCUGGUCUGGCCCACUGAUGGCAGUCACUGGCUCAACAUAAAACUGGUGCUGGAGGAACUCUCCCUUCGGGGCCACAAUGUGACUGUCCUGGUGCCUUCAACAAGUUUGCUCGUCGAUUACAAUGAGUCCUCUUCCCCAUUUGACUUUGAGGUCCUGCCGGUGCCCUUUACUAAGCAGACCGUGGAAGCCCUGUUGGAGGACUUCCUGCAUCUGUGGAUGUACGAGCUUCCCAAUCUAUCCUACUGGGAGGGCCUGGUGAAACUGACGGAAAGCAUGGCAGUCCUUAUCAGGAUGAUCAAGCAGACCUGUGACAGUGUCGUGCUGAACCCCGGGCUGAUAGCAAAGCUCCGGCAAGCGGGGUUUGAUGUCCUAAUCUCAGACCCUCUUUCUCCGGGCGGUGAGCUGAUAGCAGAGUUGCUUGAAAUCCCUUUUGUCUAUACUUUCCGGUUCUCUGAAGGGAACACAGUGGAACGGCUGUGUGGGGGGCUUCCAGCCCCACCUUCGUACGUACCUGCCAGCACGGGGAGACUGACGGACAGGAUGUCCUUCAUGGAGAGAUUGGAAAACAUGCUCUUUUAUGCUCUUCAGGAUGUUCUGUUUCACCAGGUUUUGUGGAGAGAAUGGAGUCAGUACUACAGCGAUGUGCUGGUCUGGCCCACUGAUGGCAGUCACUGGCUCAACAUAAAACUGGUGCUGGAGGAACUCUCCCUUCGGGGCCACGAUGUGACUGUGCUGGUGCCUUCAGCAAGUUUGUUCGUCAAUUACAAUGAGUCCUCUUCCCCAAUUGACUUUGAGGUCCUGCCGGUGCCCUUUACUAAGCAGACCGUGGAAGCCCUGUUGGAGAACUUCCUGCAUCUGUGGUUGUACGAGCUUCCCAAUCUAUCCUACUGGGAGAUCAUGUUGAAAAUGAAAGAAUCCAUUGAAGUCUUUAUCAAGAUGUCAAAGCAGACCUGUGACAGUGUCGUGCUGAACCCCGGGCUGAUAGCAAAGCUUCGGCAAGCGGGGUUUGAUGUCCUAAUCUCAGACCCUCUUUCUCCGGGCGGUGAGCUGAUAGCAGAGUUUCUUGAAAUCCCUUUUGUCUAUACUUUCCGAUUCUCUGAAGGGAACACAGUGGAGCGGCUGUGUGGGGGGCUUCCAGCCCCACCUUCGUACGUACCUGCCAGCACGGGGAGACUGACGGACAGGAUGUCCUUCAUGGAGAGAUUGGAAAACAUGCUCUUUUAUGCUCUUCAGGAUGUUCUGUUUCACCAGGUUUUGUGGAGAGAAUGGAAUCAGUACUACAGCGAUGUUUUAGGAAGGCCCACGACGCUGUGUGAAACGAUGGGCAAAGCAGAGAUGUGGCUGAUCCGAACGUACUGGGAUUUUGAAUUCCCUCGCCCUUUCCUGCCUAACUUUGAGUUUGUUGGGGGACUCCACUGCAAGCCUGCAAAGCCUUUACCUGAGGAAAUGGAAGAGUUUGUCCAGAGUUCAGGGGAACAUGGUAUCGUGGUGUUUUCUCUUGGCUCAAUGGUUUACAACUUAACCGAGGAGAAAAGUAAAAUGGUUGCCUUGGCCCUCAGCCAGGUUCCACAAAAGGUUCUUUGGAGGUACAAAGGGAAGAAACCAGAAACUUUAGGACCCAACACUAGGAUUUAUGACUGGAUACCCCAGAAUGACCUGCUUGGCCACCCCAAGGCCAAAGCCUUUAUUACUCACGGUGGAACCAAUGGGAUCUAUGAAGCUAUCUACCAUGGGAUUCCCAUGGUUGGGAUUCCCUUGUUCGCUGACCAGCCGGAUAACAUUGUUCACAUGAAGGCGAAAGGAAUGGCAGUCGAGCUGGAUUUUAACACAAUGCAAGCCCAGGAUUUAAUUGAUGCAUUGAAUAUGGUCAUUAACAACUCCAGCUAUAAAGAAAAUGCAGUGAGAUUAUCCCAGAUUCACCACGACCAGCCCAUAAAGCCUCUGGACCGAGCUGUCUUCUGGAUCGAAUUUGUCAUGCGCCAUAAAGGGGCAAAGCACUUGAGACCAGCAGCUCACGAGCUCACCUGGUACCAGUAUCACUGCCUGGACGUCCUGGCGUUCUUGCUCACCUGUGCAGCAGCUGCUGUUUUCAUUGCUGUCAAAUGCUGCUUGUUUUGCUGUAAGAAAUGCGGUAGGAUUGUAAAGAAGAAGAAAAUGGAGUAGAUUUGCUGUUCCCAUGGGCCUGGUUCAGCUUGUUCGUGGUCCUGUUGAUCUAGGCACAUGCUUGAAGUGAGGUGCAUGCUUUAAUACCAUGCGUAGCCAGGGCUGUGUUCUGAUGAAGUAGUAUCAGGAAAGUUGCGCAUUUAGCGAAUGUGAUGUUUACAAUAACUUUCUUUUGGCUUGAGUAAGAAUGAAUACUUAGCUGGAUCCACCAAUCUGACUUCUUCAGUGAUUACACAGGGACUUGUCAGAGGCUAACUGUGGCAAUGAUUUUCGAAAUGUAACUUUCUGGAGACUUUAUUUUAAAAGGACAAAGCCCAGCUGUUUUAGGUCCUUUGCUGUGUCUUCCACCUGCAGGUAUUAAAGUUGAUUUGCCCACCCUGCGAUCUGUGAGAGUGUGUCCUCACUAGAUCAUCCAGAACCAAAGUGUCCAUGUGUCUGUUGGUAUGGCUCCUGGAGGAGCAGACACUGACUAGUUCGGAGCUCAGAUAAGCGAUCUGAUGCUCCUAGAAGAUGCCCGCCAGAAAGGCCAAGACUUCUGAAAAUAGCCAUCUGCCUGUAGGUUCCUAUGUCUAUAUUUAAGUGUCUUAAUAGAUACCCUGAUGUUCGAAUGUUCUGGGCAUGCAGCAGCUGCUUCCGACUUCAUUGGGACAGGCUGGGUGCUCAACAUGUUUGAAAAAUCAGGCUUUUUAGCAACCAUAGUGAGGAUUGAGGAAUUGGAUUUGCAAAGUUAGGUGUGCUGCUCCCAUUGAAUUUCACCAGACUCCCUUGGCCUCCUUCCAAAAUCUCAGCCAAAGAGAAGAACUUCACGUCCCAUGUCUGAAAGCCUUGUCCAGAGUAUAAAAUCGGAAUGGUUGGUGUCGUGAUAUGGAGGCUCCAAUCAUAUCCCUUCUGCAUUGUGUCUCGUGAAAAAUCUUUCCAAAGUUUAAUGAAACUUUGCCCUGAGUUUUAUUUCUUUGGGUGAAGACACAAUUUGAUGGUUGAGAAUUAUAGUGCUGGGAAUUCAGUAGGCAUGUGCUAGAGUGUGGGCCCAAGAAAGGGGGUGGCUGUUAGAAUGGCAGGGAACUCUCUAUGCAGGGAAAAUCACAAUCUCAACAGUGUAGAAAUCCCAGGGGUCAAACCAGUACACAAGGGGAUCCAGGAAAUGGCAGAAUAACUCUAGAGGGGUUUUAUGGGAAUCUAGGUCUGCCCCCUUUGCUCCAUAGUAUCCAGUGCUCAGCCUCCAACCCCUGGCCCAGAGCAACCCAGCAAGCUGAAGAAAGAGCUGCUCCGUCCAACCAAGGUGGGGAAAGUGACUGGGUGUGGUGGAAGGCAUUCCACUGUGUCCCAUCCCCUCCAUACACCAUGCAUGCAUUCUUCUGGCCUGCUGUAUUGGGCUGCCCCAUGCUGCAGGACUCCCUCUUCCCAGUGGUCCCUCUUCUGUGGGGUGUGGAAAGUUAGCCUUAGGGCACAUGGGCUCAGUUCAUCCUGCUCGCUGGCCUCCACAGCAGAAGCAGCAACUUGCACAUCCUGACAGCUGCCAAAGCUCCCUGAAGACUCACAUUAACUUCAGUGGGCUUUGGCUCAGGCCUUAGCUCAUCGUGCCACUAGUAAUUCCCAAGCAUCUGCUGCCAUACACAGGAGUGGGUCACCUGUGCUACAGCAUUCCAGAGCUGGUGGAGAGGACACCUGCCUAAUACCAGGCCUUGUGGCUUCAUUGGUCUGUAAGAGGUUGACUUAAAAUGCUCCACUCCUGGAAACACCAAGUGGAACUGCUAAUUUCCCUCAGUAAUUGGAAAACUUAUUAUCUAUAUAGUGGGCCAACUCCCCAGCAGCUAUAAAUCCCUAUAAAUUGUUCUGUUGAGCGCCAUGAAGCUGUGCCAAUUUUAUAACCGUCAAGGAUCUGUCCCAUUUAUGAUCCUGUGGUUUGCAGUAUUGCGUGGUUGCUACAAUAAGCUAGCCACCAGAUCGUGUUUAAGAAUGCUUUUAAAAUUGCCUUUGUCAGACUUGGGUUGCAUUUGUAAAUGAUCCAGUGCCUAAUGAAAGGCAGCUGACAUUUGCCUGCAGACAAAGCUGCUAGAGAAAACAGUAAGGUUCUUCCUUUACUGCAUAUAUUUUGUUGCCCCACACAAGCUUAUUUUAUUAGCACUAAUUUUUGGAGCUGGUUGUGACAAAUCUUAAGCCUUCGGUUAGUUCAAAGCUAUGUAAACCCUUAAAUAUAGACGAUGGAAAAAUGGCUCUGUUCCUAAAAGCUAAAGCUUUGAUGCUAAACUGAAAAUGGGACACUUCAAUGUUGGUGGCGAUUUAGGAGAAUUUAGAAUCCAGGGCCUACCCUAGCAGAUAUGCUGAGUAUAAGACACACUAAUUUGAAUGGUCACGUUUCUGAGCAUACACUGAGUAUACAGAAAAAUACCUAAAUUGGUCAUCAGCUAUUGAUACUAGAGUUAUGUGAUCUAUCGAGACUCCCCUUGUAGCUGCAGUGCACAGCUGGUGUAAACUGCCCUAUUGUAAUCACUUGGGUGGAGCUAGGCCAGUUCACACCAGAGGAUUAGGUCAAUUAGCUAUUAUAAAAUGUCUACAGAGAGCUACAGAUUGCAUAGGUCUGUGCUGGAACUCUGCAAAAAUCUGUGCCCCUGAUCCUGCAGUGAGAUGCAUGCAGGCUGAACUAAGUCAGUGGGUACUGCAUGUGCCCUAGGGUGUGCCCAUACAGGCAGCUGGCAUGAGCACAGCCUUGAUUGCUGACAUAUAAAACAUUCAGAGAUUUGAUACUGGGAAAUAUGAAGCCAAAGUAAGUUAGCCAGACCUGCUUGGAGGGCGGGGGAAUGGGGGGCAGGAGGGAGAGUUUGUGGAAAGUAUCACUGAGUUUUGACCAGCUGUAGUCUUAAGGCAAAACUGUGAGCCUACUCCAUUAAACCCCAUUAUCAUGACCCUAUCCCUCCAGGAAGAUCUCUGCAUGAGUGAGGGCAUGCACUUUAUUUGAAGGUAAAAGGUCAUACAGAUUCAGGCUCUUGUGUAAUUCAAUGCUUGUUGCACUGGUUGAAUGAGCUAGCUCCCUUCUGUGUGCUGCUUUAAUACCUCUCCAUCGCCACUGCUGCUAACCAAAAUAUUUGCUGCCUAGUGGAUAGAGCUUGGGUUGAUUUGUUAAUAAAAGCAAUUCCUAUUA